CGCGCUGGCGCCGGGCCCGCAGCGAGGGGUGCCGGGGAGGGCGGUGAGAUGGCGGCGCUGCUGCGGCGCGGAGCGGCCGGGCUUCUUAGCAGAUUGCAGACUUCUGCUCCCACAGUACAAAUUCUAUCAUCAUCAAAGUCCUUCUCCCAAAACAUUCCAAGCUGUUUGUGGAAACUGGGCCGACUCAAUCACGUGGCAAUUGCAGUGCCUGAUUUGGAGAAAGCUCAGUCCUUGUAUAAAGAUGUGUUAGGAGCCCAGGUGAGUGAGACUGUUGCUCUUCCUGAACAUGGUGUCUACACUGUUUUUGUGGAGCUGGGAAAUACCAAGCUGGAACUUCUACAUCCUUUAGGAGAGAAAAGUCCCAUUGCAAGCUUCCUGCAAAAAAACAAGACUGGAGGAAUGCAUCAUAUCUGCAUUGAGGUUGAUGACAUAAAAGCGGCUAUGACAGAACUGAAGAAAAAAAAGAUACGAAUAUUGAGUGAAGAGCCAAAAAUAGGUGCACAUGGCAAACCUGUGAUUUUUCUUCACCCUAAAGAUUGCCAUGGAGUCCUUGUGGAACUUGAGCAAGCUUGAGCUGCAAUAUUCAUAAAUUAAACAAUAGAAGAGUUGUGAAGUUCCUGAGCUGGUGCUGGGAAUAUUGAUGUGGUAUUCAGCCUUUACAAGUUCAUUGAAGUCCCCAUGGAUGAAGUACAGCUUUUGAGUACUGAAACAGUGCUACAGAUUUAGGGUCUGUCUUUGCUCUUGUUGCUGAUUUAAUUUUCAGAAUUAAUAUAAUGGCAUUUCUUGGAUUCUCUGUGAUUCUAAACACAAAUACAUGAGCUAAGUUACAUAUGUACCAUAGUAAUUUAUCUUUUGUUGCCUGUUUGCAGCAAGAUUUUACCUCUGUAGCCACAGAAACUGUACAGUUUCUAGGUCAAGCUGCAUUAUUUUGCUCUACAUUUCACAGCAGAGACCCACUUCCCAGUGACAACAACAUAGCUUAGACAUUUUCUUUAGAAAUAAAGGUAUUAUGUUUUCUCUUUUCACCAUUCACCAUCUGUGCUUCACACUGAUUGACUGGUUCAUGCAAUAAAAACCCCAUAUAUUAUUGUA